UACGGUCCUUAAUUUCCUCAACUUGAUAUCACGCUUCUUAUGGUGUAAAUUUGCAUAAAGCUUAUGCUAAUACAGUGAGGUAGUUUAUCAACUAGGAUUAAUAACAGUAACGAAAAUAAUGAACAUGUCUGACAAUGAUGAAAGCAGUAGUUCGGACAGCAGCAACGAGUUUCUUGUGCCAGCUGACAAACUUGACCUCAGUUCGGCUUUUUUUCAGGUCCAGCCCAAGUGUACAAACACUUCUAACCCGAAACAAAAAAAGCGACCGCUAGUAUCUUACUUCAAAAGCUCUUAUGACUCAGACAGUGACUUUGAAGAUAACCAAGUAAGCUCUGCAGAGCUUUUAACCCAGGUCCUAAAGAAUCUCGAGCAAAGUAAGAGCCGACAUGUGCAAGGUACUGAGCGCGAGCUGCCUACCACCGUCUGCUCCUUGUCAGCACCUCAGGCCAAAAAUGACCUGUCCAAGGAGAUUGAUGACCUGCUCAUAAUGGGAGAGAGCCAACUUGGUUCUUCCAAUCGCAAUGUUAAGGUAAAAGAGGUCAAGCAAGAACAAAUCACACCAUAUUGGCAGAUUCCUGAAAAAGGAGUGCAAAUACACUUGCCUAGUGAAAGCUUUAUGUCCAAUAAAAAAAAAAAAAAGCAGCAGGAUCUGCCGAAAAUGCUGCAGAAUAAGUUUAAUUUGAAGAUCAGGAAGACUCAAAUGUUUAUUCACAAGGUGGGCCUACUCUGCUGGUUAGCACACGGGUUUCACUUAAACAAACUAGCAAAUAAUCCUGAUGUACUUCGGGUAGCAUUGUCCUUAGUGUCUUCUCAAAACUACCCCAAAGGUAAACUAGACUUGAAGUAUCUAGAAAAUUUCACUCAGUGGUUUGGUGGACUUUUCAAAGUGUGUGACGAGUAUAAAGACAUCGUUUUUAGCAAAGAUUCACUACUACAAAGGAUUGUAGAUAAAAAAAUAUAUAAUUACGUGGAACUUAUUUUGCUGUACAUAGCAGUUGUUCGAGGAAUGGGAAUCCAUUGCCGAUUAGUUGUUUCUUUAGGGCCACCUCGAUUAAAACCUAAGCAAGAUGAGUUGCUUAAGGUUUCAGUUGGAUGUGAAAAUGAUACCAAAAAAUUAAAAAUAGCAAAACCUAAGGACAAUAUAGAAAUUGAAGACGUUACACAAAAGUUAUCUGGUCAAGAUUUUGUUAAAAAUAUAAAGAAGGUUGAGAGUGAAAUUGAUCUGAAACCAGUCAAGACGAUUGCAAAGAAAACUGCCAAAACCUCAGAAAAUAAAAAGCAGUCCAAUAGACGGUCAGUUUCCCCAAUAAAAAUGGUACCUAAAAAUAGUCCUGAGGGUUUAAAAGUUGCAAGUGAAAAAGCAAGAGCUAGAGCAGUUGCUUUAUUACAAGAGCAUGGUGCUACUCGACUGGGCAAUCGUAAAAAUGUUUUUGAAAGUAUUAGUUUUAGUUAUGAUGCUCAAAGUACUAGUAAAACAACUCCAGAAAAAAAUAGCAAUAUGAGUGAUUAUAAAAGUAUUCAAUUUACGAGUAGAAAAGAUAGUAAAACACAUAACAAAAAUACGAAUUUGAAUGUACAGGAAAACAGCACGGAAAAAGAUAAAGGUGAUGAAAAUAGUGAUAAAAUAAGUAAACAAGUUGGUAGAAAAAACCGCUUAUGCAAUAAAAAUACUAGAGUUCAGAAAAGCGUAUGUAACAUCAAUUUGAAAGGAAAACUUAGUUGUAAAGACAAAAACAAAAAUAUUGAAGAAAAUGAUGUCACGAAAGCAACAACAGGAAACUUUUUAAUUCAAAGUAAGCAAAGAGCUUGUAGAAAUGUUCGAAGUAAAAUUGUAGAAAACACUAAAGAUAAUAGUGAUAAUAUAGAAAAUGAGGAAGUAAAGAAUGAACAAAAUAUGCCCAUAGUAAGAACGCUGGGUCUGGAGGUUAAUAAAAAAACAAAAAAUGUUAGUGCUUUGAUAAAUAAAAGUUCAGUUUCAAGAAAAAUUAAAGCUGUCAAAAAAAAUGAAACAACAUGCCACUCGUCCAAUGAUGAAAUAUCUGAUUUUGAAGAAGAACUUGAUUCUUCUGAAUUGUCUGACCAAGAAAAAUUUUCCUCUCAGGAAAUAUAUUCAACUGAUAGUGAAUUUGAAGAGACGAAGCCUAAAAGAAGGAAGCUAUCAACUGUGGUUCAAAGAAAAUUGUCAACACCAACAAACAACAAAACAUUAGAAAAAUCCAUUAUAUCUAAAUUUGCAUUUGAGUCAAAGAACAAACGAAAGCUAAUAUCUUCUGAUGAUGAAUCUUCAGGAUCAGACAAAAAAGGAUACAACGUUUGGGUAGAAGUUUACCUUGAAUCAGAGGAAAGUUGGAUUAGUGUUAGUGUAUUAGACCAAAAAAUACACUGUGUCUCACAACUUUUUAAAAAAGCAAGCCAACCUAUACUGUACAUAAUUGCAUGGAAUUCAACAGGAACACUGAAAGAUGUAACACGUCGAUACUGUCCACACUGGUUGACAGACACUCGAAAAAAACGAAUUGAUGAAAAAUGGUGGAAAGACACGCUGUCGAGUUGGAAAGAAAAAAAUACAGCGAUUUCUAGUGCAGAAGACGAGCAGCUUCUACAAAAAGAACUGGAACAGCCUCUUCCAAAAACGGUUUCAGAGUGUAAAGGUCAUCCACUGUAUGUAUUACAAAGGCAUUUGUUAAAGUUUGAAGCUCUGUAUCCACCUGAUGUUGUACCUUUAGGACAUUUAAGAACUGGAGAAGCUAUAUAUUCUAGACAUUGUGUUCACACUUUGUAUUCUAGAGAAACUUGGGUCAGAAAAGCUAGAGUCGUUAAGUCAGCACAAGAUGCUUACAAAAUAGUUAAAUCUAUGCCCAAGUAUGAUAAGCUCUCUGGACAGAAAAUAAAGGAUCAACCUUUGGAAUUAUUUGGCAAGUGGCAGACUACUCCUUAUGAACCAUCAGAAGCAAAGGAUGGUAAAGUACCUCGAAAUGAAUACGGAAAUGUUGAUCUGUUCAAAAUAUGCAUGCUUCCAAAAGGCUGUGUAUAUAUAGAUCUUCCAGCAUUAAAUCGAGUUGCUCGAAAAUUAAAUAUCGAUUGUGCACCUGCGUGUAUCGGCUUUAACUUUGGAUGCAGAGGUGCAUUACCCGCAUUCCAGGGCUUCGUCGUUUGCCAAGAAUACGAGGAUACGAUACGUGAGGCCUGGGAAGAAGAACAAGUCUUAGCUCAGAUGCGAGCUCGGGAAAAACGUGAAAAAAAAAUUUACGGCAAUUGGAAAAAGCUUAUUAAGGGUUUGCUGAUAAGAGAAAAACUUGAUACCAAGUACAGAUUUAGAGACGAAGAAGAAAACGCAGAAGAAGAUGAAGAAGAACAGAAGAAAAUGUUUGCUAAAGGAAAAAAAAAUAUUGCACUUUUGGCAAGUGCAAAUAAUACAAAGAAGACCGACCCAUCUAGGCAGAAGUUCAGCAAUCAAAAAAAAAAACGCAACGAAUAAGUUUUAUGGAAGAUUUGCAAUACUAUUUUCUUAUUUUUUCUAUUAAUAUUAUGACACUAAAGAACGUACUACAGUUUUUCAUGGAACUUUAGGCAAAAAAGAUAUUUUUUUACACAAAAUUAAUCACAGAGAAAAGAAAAAAUUGUUUAAGUGUAUUCUUGUUUGUUAUAUUUAGAUUGUACAGCACUUUAUAUAUAAAAUUUAAUGUCAAGUGAGAACAAGACAAAUUGCAUUCCACCAUCAGCGUCACUACAAUUGGAUGUUUUUGUACCCUCGUUAUAAUCUACAUUGCUCUAGAAUAUAUUGUGUAAAUUUUUGAAAAUAUAAUAAGUAACUUAGUGACAACUACGUUUCUUUUAUACACCAUUCAUUAUUUUAAUAUACAAGUUGCAUUCAGCGGGCUUCGCAAGAUCUACGUUGUUGUUUACUGCAUUUACAAUUGGUUAACAUUAUUUUUACUCAAUUUAUUUUAUAAUCCUAUAAG